AUGCGCACUAUCACUCAUCAUCAGCGGUCCCGGGGUGGUGACGUGUGCAACAUUCGCCCGGAUAGGAUAUUUAUUUUCCUGUGCGUUGUAUUUUCACACGCAAUUUUUUAAAAAAAAACGUUUCAUUUUAAACUCUUAGAGGACCGGUUUAAACGCAAAACGUCUUUUAAAACAGUGAAGAAAUUCUCAGCCUGAAUAAAACGAAGUCCAGGAGAUCAUGGCUUCGGUAGCGGUGUCUGAGCCGAGCCUGAGCCCGGUUUCCGAGGCGCUGGUGCCCGCUUGCAUGUUCGCUCCGGAGCCGGGAUGCGGAGAUGACCCGGCCGGCUCAGAGCACUGCGACGACGGCGAGACUUUGAACGGCAAGCUCGGGGAUCACUUGGACUUCACCAGCAAG